AUGAAUCGAUUUGUGAUUCUGAGUGUUGUGCUCCCAGUCGCUUUCGGCAUCGAAUACCAGAUGCCCGACAUCUGGAGUAUUUUUAAUCACAAGGUGAAAUGUGGCGAAACGGACAAUAUUGUAGUGGGAGCUGGGACUCCGCUGUUUCACGUGUAUCAUCCCGAAAUUGGUUUUGUCCGGGUGGUCACAAAUAAUCAUCUGCGAUUUCAGGUAAGCUUUCUCUUCCAGUUAACUGGAGACAAAUUCUUACAGUGGCUCAGCCAGCUAGCGGCAAAGGAACUGGUGAACUUCAUCCCCACUUGUCGUUACCGUCCAGGAUGA